AAUUAAGAGACAAACAUCGGGAAAAGUUUCAUAUACGUCCUCAUUAUUUCGCCGAUUUGAGGACGUUCCCUUCAACAUCGUUUUAUGUUCCUUAUAAUGCAUCCUGGCUAUGAAUGGAAUUAUUAUAGGUGACGACAUUCAUACGUAUCAGUUAAUUGUGUAUUGAAAGGGCAGACCAGUAGUGCUCUGGUUGCUAUGGUUUUUGUAUACACACAAUGACGUACAGUGACAAAUAUUGGAAGCUGGUUUAUAUGUUUUCAUGAUUUCGCUGUUUGGAUGUUGUUCCCUUUCGGUUGGAAAGUGAUUCAAAUGCAGUAACAAUGACAGCCAGAGGACUUCAUGAGAGUUGUCAAGGACCUUAUCCUGGGUUUGAUCUCCAGCCAAAGAAUGCUCGUCCAAUGUCAAAUUCAAGGGUCCGUCCUGAAGCAGAGGAAUAUGCAACAAUGCAUAAGGGAUCUUUAAAUCUCUUUGAGUCUUCUUAUUUUACAGGGAAUAACAGAAAUAAUAAUGUAAAAUCCAGAUGCCCUUCACAAGCAUCCAGAGAAAAUUUAGUUUACAGCCAGCAAGGAUCUGUAAGUAAAAUUAUUCACUGCCAGGCCACCCCUCGUCCUGACACUCCAAACCAAACCCGAAUCAGACCAGAAGCAUUGUCAAUUGCUGAGAGCCAGAAAGGUAAUGCAAUGGCGAAUCUUCUGUGUUCUAACAACCAACAAAAUGAAAACCACAAAAAAACUGAAGAACGGAGUAACUCUCAACCAAAUUGGAAAAUAUCAACUUUAUUACACCAUUCUGUAAAUGAACCUGCCUCUUACAGACCUGCUCCCAGAGUAAAACCAGAAGCUAAAGUCACAGCUGAAGCUGCUAAAGGAGCUUCAAUGGCUGCUAUCUUGAGUCAACCACCAAAAAGCAAACCAGUUCCAACAGUGUUUCACAUAAAAAAUACAACAAACUCUUCAUACCUCUGGAACAAGGCAGUUAACAACAUCACUAAAGGAGAGCAAAUGAGAAAAGUGCUGAGCAGCAACAGUGAUGCAGAAAUAGCUGCUGUACCAGCAGCUCGGGUGAAAAGAGAAGGCCAGCAUAUGUCAAAUCUCGACAAAGGAGGCCGUAUGAACAAACUGAUUUAUGAUACCAGCUCACUUCCAUCACCUAUUAAACCAGUUCCCAGAUGUGGCAUGUCUAAAGUUGCCAAGAAGAUAAUGCAACAGAAUAGAGGUACUGUUGGAAGCGUUUUAACAAAUUUGGCAAGCCAUCAGAUCGUUUUACAACCUGGAGUCAGAAGUUGAGAGACUUUCAUCUAAGUUCAUGCCUCUGGUUAUCUAUCUAUCUGUCUGUGUGUAUGUAUGUCUAUCUAUCUAUCUAUAUAUAUCUGUCUAUCUAUCUAUCUAUCUAUCUAUCUAUAUAUCUACCUACAUACCUACUUAUCUAUCUAUCUA